AUGGGAUUCAUCGUGUUAAUUAUACUAGAGGUCAAACCUGAGAAAGUGGAGGAUUUCAAAUCACGUUUAUUGGAAGCCGCUGCUACAUACCGAAAAGAUCCAGAGACAGUAGACUGGACAGUUCAACAAGACUUGGAGAACGCGAACAAAUUCGUUCUUAUCGAGAAAUACGAGAAAGAAUCUUCCUUGACCGAUAUUCAUCGUAAAAAUCCAAUAUAUCAAGAAACAAUGGAUUUCAUCGUUACAAGUAUCGUUGGAUCCAUUGAGAAACAUUUCAUCCAUACUUAG